UUCUUUUAAUGUUGUUUACGCAAAAUCACUACAAAAAUAUUCCAUUAACGUUUUUUUACACCGUAGCGUAAUGCAUACCGAUUCGCUUGACGUUCUUAAAUAACAAACAACGACAAUAAAAUAUGAAAUAAGGGCAAACGAUUUGAUUUAAUACGGCAAUUAAUUUGUCUAUUGGAAAUAUAUGAACACUUGGGUACCCGGGAGAUAAUUUAAUGCCACGGGCAAGCAAAAUAAAAAGAGAAAUUGUGGACUCUAUAUUGAUUCUAUAUUAAAAAUAAGAGUAGGUGGUGUACUGCGUAUCUUUUAUGUGUUACAGAUAGAAAUUAUAACAAAAUAAACGAAGCGAUAUGACUUAACUAGCUUUUGCCCGCGACUCCGUCCGCGUCGAAUAGUUACUUUGGCAUAACGCUAAAUUUUAGCCCCCACUUCAUUUACGUAGAAAGUGAAAAUAUUUUGAAACAUUCUUUAUUGGUGCUCCACUUGUAUUCGUCUUACCGUAAUGUUAUAUAGCCUAUAGCCUUCGUCAAUAAAUGGGCUAUUUAACACUGAAAGAAUUUUUUAAAUCGCAUCAGUAGUUCCUGAGAUUAGCGCGUUUAAAAAAAACAAACUCUUCAGCUUUAUAAUAUUAGUGUAGAUUUGUUGUUCGUUCUUAUGAAAUGAAAUGCUUCGCACUGUUGUAAUACUUGCUCACGAUAGUGUGACUGAUGCCGAUUUGUUGAACCGGUCUAUGAGCGUGACGUUGGUAUACCUUCCAGCAGGAGAACGGCAAGACCGCCGAUCUGGUAGUUAUUGCAGCAACCAGACUGACUGCGCACGCGACUUGUUUUGAAAUACAUUCGCGAACGGUCGUAAACUGAAUUUAAUUCAAAAAUAUUAGUGCACAUCUAUUCCGUCCGAGAAGUGAAUUAUUUGCAGUAGAGACAGAAUGAAGUAUAUAGGAGUAUUAACGAUAUUAAUUAUAUCGCAGGUGUAUUCGGCGCCUCAGUUUAUAACCUUCAAGGAUGGUAAGAUAGGCGUGAACUUCGGCGGUUACCACGCUGGAGUCGGGCUCGGAGGUUUAUUAGGUGGUGGUGCAGGUACUGGAGGGUUAUUUGCUGAAGCAGGAACUCCUCAUGGCCAAUCAGCAAGGGCAGGAUUAGGUGGAGCAGUCGAUGGCAAUGGCCGAGCCGGAGGUGGACUUUAUGCUGGAGCUACGGCAGGUGGCAACGUCAAAGCAGAAGCUGGUCUUGCAGGAAGAGUAGCUUCAGAAGACGUAGCAGGCAAUGGAUUUGCAACUGCUCAAGCAGGAGGUCAUAAUGCUGUUUCUGGCUUGGCUGGUGAGUCUUCGAUUGCUGGAGCUUCUGGUGUAACAUUCUCCGGUACGAAAUCGAUCGGUAUAUCGGAUCAAGGUGUAAAACUUAAUGAAGUGCAUACCGAUUUUAAUGAUGCACUGAACGAAGUUAAACCUUUGAGUUCCAUUGGAGCAGAAGCUAAAGCCGAUGCACAUUUCAACAUUGAAACUGAAUCUCGUCCAACAGUUAUUGUUAAAGAAGUUGAUAUAGAGCCACAACCACAAAUUAUAGAAAAGCACAUUAUUCACACGCAUACAAAACCACAUCAUAAUCUUCACAAAACAGCCUACAUUGGUGGUUUUAUUGGCGGUGCUGCUGAAGUAGCUCCGGAACCUCCAGUCGUAGUUUACAAUACUCAACCAGUAAUCGAAAAGAGGUUAGAUGUUGGAGCACAGAGUUCAGCUAACGUAGGUGCAGUGGCUGAAAGUAGUGGCAAUGGAGGCGGUCAAGUAACCUACACUAAAGAAGUUACAGUGUCAAGAAAUCCAACUUUGUUCCAAGAUAUUUUUAACAUUCCAAUUUCGGCACUGAAAGCUGUUAGCAGCUUCCUUAGUAACACAGCAGCCAACACAAACGUUUCCGUUCAGAAAUCAGCGACAAUCCAAGCAGAAUCUGACAUCAUAUCACCGAAACAUUCAUCAUCAUCAUCAUCAUCAGCUUUAUCUGAAUCACACAUAUCGGUACAGACUCCGAGUGCAUCACAAGUUAUAGGUGACAUUUUUGCAAUACCGAUUAAUACUCUCAGUGCAGUGAACCAGCUUUUGGAGAACAAUGUUCCAGUAAGGAAAAGAGUACAGGUUUCGCAGGAUGAAUCAGGAGAGCCUACCAGAGUGAGAUUAGGCCCUCACGCAAGAAGACGUGCAAACAAACGUGUGGUGGUAAUACAGGAGAGUGACGACAAAGAGAAAGCUGAUUGAAAUUUUUAUAUUAAUACUUAUUUUGUACCUGAUUCUAUUGCGAUUGCGUCAAUAAAACUAAGUAUAAAACAAA